UCAACACUUGUAAUUUUUGAACAUUGAAAAAAUGUUUUUGGUUGCUCACUCCUCCUCCUUCCGCCCACUCAGCAACAAGCUUUCUCCUCGGUAGUUUGCUGAACUUUCUCUACAGGACGCUCGCCUGCGCCUGUCACGGUCAUCCUCCGGCAUUUUUCUCUUUUUCCGUCGGCUGGAAGUCACACUUUUCGGGGGUUGAGUUUUUGUUUUGCCCUGCGUCGAGCUCCCGAGGGACCAUUCAAGGGCAAAAACCAUCCGGAGGAGGAGGAGGGCUUUCUCGCUUCAAGAAAAGUCAACCAUGGAGGUUCCCGGCAUGCAGAGUUCUCAGAUCGAUCCAGAAGAAUUAUUCACCAAACUGGACCGCAUCGGCAAAGGAUCGUUUGGCGAGGUGUUCAAAGGCAUCGACAACCGCUCGCUCAGCGUGGUGGCCAUCAAGAUCAUCGACCUGGAGGAGGCCGAGGACGAAAUCGAGGACAUCCAGCAGGAGAUCACCGUGCUGAGCCAGUGCGACAGUCCCUACAUCACCAAGUAUUACGGCUCCUACCUCAAAGGCAGCAAAUUGUGGAUCAUCAUGGAGUACCUCGGUGGCGGUUCUGCACUCGACUUGCUUCGCGCGGGUCCCUUUGAUGAGUCCCAAAUCGCCACCAUGCUGAAGGAGAUCCUGAAGGGUCUCGACUACCUCCACUCUGAGAAGAAGAUCCACAGAGACAUCAAAGCCGCCAACGUGCUCUUGUCGGAGCACGGCCAGGUGAAGCUGGCCGACUUCGGGGUGGCCGGUCAGCUGACGGAUACGCAGAUUAAGCGCGAGACCUUCGUGGGGACGCCUUUCUGGAUGGCGCCCGAAGUCAUCCAGCAGUCUGCGUACGACUUCAAGGCGGACAUUUGGUCGCUGGGCAUCACGGCCAUCGAGCUGGCCAAGGGGGAACCGCCCAAUUCGGAAAUGCACCCCAUGAGGGUGCUCUUCCUCAUCCCCAAGUCGCCUCCACCGACGCUGACGGGCGACUUCUCCAAGAGCUUCAAAGAGUUCACCGAGGCCUGCCUCAACAAGGACCCCGCCUUUCGUCCCACCGCUAAGGAGUUGCUCAAGCACAAGUUCAUCGUCAAACACUGUAAGAAGACGUCCUACCUGAGCGAGUUGAUCGACAGAUACCGAAGGUGGCGGGAGCAAGGGCACAGCGACAGCAGCCCCGACGACUCAGACGGCGAGUCCAGUGACAAAAAGGACGGCGACUCCCCCGAGUGGAGCUUCACGACGGUGCGCAAGCGCAAGACGGACCAACGGCCGCACAUCAACGGCCAGCUGAGGAGAGAAGGACAAACCGCCGAGAGCACGUCCUCCAGUCUCGGCACCGUCAUCGCGCCCGUCUUCACCGAGUUGAAGCAGCAGUACAAGGAGCACUCGGAAAAGCGGUUGGCCAUCGAAGAGCUGGAACAUAACAUCCGACUGACCGAGGACGCGUGUCCCGGCAUCACCGAUCGGAUGGUGACGCACGUCGUUGCCAGGUUCAAUGCCAACUAAGGACAAAUGGGAAGUGGACGCGGUGAUGAGAGACUGUGUCUCAACAUGGCCACGCUUGCAAACUGGAGAGCUGCUGUGCAAUGUCUCCACACACACACACACACACACACACACACACACACACACACACACACAUUUUACUUCACUGCUGCUGGACAAAGAACUCUCUCUGCUUGUUCGAAUCCCGCAGCAUGGCUUUACCCUUUGUUGAUUUGUAGACAUAAAAAUUUGCUCCGUAGCACUUGACAAAGAUGAUAUGCCAAUCUUAUUAUUGUUGUUUAGAAUGUUUUGUUGUUGUCAAUCAACACUUUGAUCCCAACCACGUCAUUCGCAGACAAACCAAACUGGAAUCAACGAGAGCGGAAAUGCUUGUCAAGUGUUGCUGACAGUUUGAACCAAAGACGAUCUGAACCUUGCUCAUUGUAUAUAUUCUUUUGAUAUGUAUAUCAUAAGGGAUCUUACUUAGCGGGAACCAUCUACAAGUUUUUGGAGGAAUGCUUUUCUUUUUAGCGGGACGUAGAGUUUUAUGAAUAAAUAUUUAAACUUGAUUAAAAAUACUGUUACGUCCA